CGUUCCACGUGUUCAAGCGCUUCAAGUUCAAUCAGGAUAGCAGAUCAAACAAUCAAAGCUUURAAUGAAGAACCCCUGGACGAAAAAGAUGAAACCAUGUCAGUMUCAUCAUCGCAUUGGGACACUGACUUAGAAGAYGAUGACUCCACAUUGACUGARCAAAAAACUCACAAAGAAAUCUAUGAACGAACUUGCGAAAACUUAGGCAUCAUUCCAGUGUCCAGGUUUAGUAAAGAGAUUGGCCAGGAAGAAGUUAAAAUAAGUCAUAGGCACUUACAUGAUCUAGGAGCCAAGGCUAUUGCUGUGGUAAUAGCAAACUGCAGCUCUACAACAAAGGUUGACGUUCCCUCUAACGAAUUCAGUCCGAAAGGAGGAGUCUACUUGGGAAAAAGCCUUAGAAAAAACAGCACCCUCAAAGAGCUGAACCUUGCAAACAACAAUAUCAACAAAGAAGGCAUUGAAGCUAUUUCCGAUGCUAUAAGUGAGAAUAAUGUAAUUUCAAGACUGGAUCUCUCGGGUAAUGGACUGAUGGAUAAAGACGCGCGGAUCCUUGCUGAUGCGAUCGAGAAUAAUGGAUCUCUGAGAUAUUUGAACUUGAGUUAUAACAAGUUUGGUGAGCUUUCAGGGCAGUACUUUGGGUCUGCAUUAAGCUACAAUAAUGGGAUCUUAGAAUUAAACCUUAGCUGGAACAACAUACGAAGACGCGGYGCUCAAGGGAUACACAAGGGUAUGCGCUACAACGAUGCACUGCAAAAAUUGGAUCUGUCWUGGAAUGGAUUCGAUGAYUACGGGACGGAGGAGCUUAAGGAAGCGCUUCAACGGAACACUAGUUUAUUGGAGUUGAAUAUUAGUAAUAAUCGGCUCUCAGAUGUGGGAUUAACAAAUAUAGCGCAAGGUCUUGAUGGUAAUAUAACACUAGAAGUCCUCGACUUGAGCCGCAAUUCAGGAAUGCGGUAUUCUCAGGGCGUGGUCCUUAUGCUUGAAAACAUCKCAAAGAAAAAAUGYAAUCURAAAACGCUUAAAAUCAUUGACAUUAACCUUGAUUACGCGUGCGCGGAAACAAUAAAAAAGUGCCUCACGGACAACGAGGAUUUGAGCAUCGAGUUUGGAUGUAAAAAGAAGGAUACUUUUGCAACAAAGAAAAUCGAGAUCACCCCCAUAGAUCUUCUAAAGGAGUACAUUGUCAAAGAAAAGACGCAUCUAUCUGAGCUGUUUAGAAAACUAGACAUAAAUGGUCAGUUUAAAGAUAGUCUUACUAGAGAGGARUUCAUUGAUGGCAUGAAGAGACUGAGAGUCAUGAAUGAGUACCAUAUAGAACAACUCRUGGAUCUCCUGGACUCGGAUGGCGAUGGUGAAAUAGACUACAGCGAAUUUACCAAUCUGUAGAACUAAGAUGUUCGGGUAGAAAAACCCUUGAAACACUGKAAAUAUUAAAAGCCAGGCUCAGUGAGCACACUAUUGAAUGAUUAAGAAUGUUGGUAUCUAUUUCACGGAUUGUCAGUGAAGUCUUUUUAACAGUCCGUUAAACAAAACUUUAAARUUAAUAUGCAAUGGUCUCAUAACAUAAAAUAAAAGA